GGGUAAAAGAAUUCCUCAACCCUGCACACCCCUAAAUUACUCAAUACCGGAAUUUGGCGCGAAAAUUAGAAACGCAUCCCAAUUCCAAAUUAGGGUUUAAUCCGGAGCCACUGCUUCUUCGUCUCACGCUCUUCCUCAACAAUGUCCAAUUCCUCCGAUCAGCUCGAGGAAAUCAAAGCCCUAAUUUCCUCUGGCUCAAAGUGCCUCGCUUACUCAACCCUCUUACACUUCCAAGAACAGUCCAGUGGCGACCCUACUUCAAUUCAAGCCCUAGCUGGAAUUUCUCAGACUCUUCUAUCUUUAAUCGUUGCCGAUAUCUCAGACGACGAUGAAGAAAUUGCUGCACUGGCUUUGAAGUGUUUGGGUUUCAUGAUUUAUCAUCCGUCCCUUGUUGCCGUAAUUGCAGUGGAUGAUGCCAAUUUGGUUAUGGAGUCUUUAGUUAGGCUCAUUACAACAACAAAAAUGAAGUCAGUUUGUAACUUAGGAGUGUGGUGCAUAUCCAUCCAACAGUUUAAUGCACCAUUUCUGGAUUCCCACUACAACUCUCUGUUGCAGGCGGUUGUUCAUGCACUUGACAACCCAAUUGGUUCUUUAUCAACAACUUUUGAGGCUAUUCAGGCCUUGAUAAAGUUAGCAUCUAAUUUAAGUGAGAGAAUGAGAGAAUCAUCUCAUUUAUGGGCUCCUCCAAUAUAUAGAAGACUUCUCAGCUUUGACAAGAAGGAGAGGGAUAUGUCAGAAAGGUGUCUAUCGAAGAUUAAGCCUAUAAUAUUACCUCCUCCAAUAGUUCUCUCCAAGGUUCUUGUCAAAGAUAUGAAGCAAAUUUUGCUCACUAAGAUGAAGGAGCUGCUAAACCAGGGUAUGAAGGUCCAAGCCAUUCAUGCAUGGGGAUGGUUUAUUCGCUUACUAGGAUCUUAUGCUAUGAAGAACAGGCAAUUAACAAAUGAAAUGCUGAAAAUUCCUGAAAAUACAUUUUCAGAUCUCAACCCACAAGUUCAGAUUGCUUCACAGUUUGCUUGGGAAGGUCUUAUUGAUGCUCUAAUUCAUCCUCCAAUAGUUGCUUGUGAGACAAAUGCAUCCAAGGAGGAGAAGGGUGUACAACAUUUGCAAAAAUCUAGAGAGACCGGUGAUAAAAUCCAGGCAAAUGGGUUUUUAAAAAGCAUAAGGCUUGUAAUGACUCCUCUGACAGGAAUCAUAUCAAGUAAAUGUGAUAUAUCUGUCCACUCAUCAUGCUUGAACACAUGGUGUUAUCUGCUGCAUAAACUUGAUACUUCUGUCAAUGAUCCAUCAGUGAUAAAGCUAGUGUUGGAGCCUAUCUGUGAAGCAAUUUUUCGCAUUGGUCCUGAAAGUAAAAGUGUGAGCUCAUGGAAUCUGUGCCUAGAUCUGCUUGAUGAUUUUAUUUUAGCAAAAUAUAAAGAUGUGGAAUAUGUCACAAGUAACUCUGCAAGCCAUCAUUUAUCAGCUACCAAAUUCUUAUGGAAGCAAUACUCUGUUAAAUGGUUGCCAUGGGAUAUUUAUCAGUUGGACUUCCAUUUAAACAUAGUUUUUAUUCUCAUCAGUCAAGCAUCAAUUGCAACUGUCAACCAUGAAUACAAAAGUUUCGCAUGUGAUGCUGCUUUAAGGUUAUUUUUAUCUGUUCUGAAAGGAGUUCGAUUGGAGUUGGAAAAGCCAUCAACCAAUUAUAAUGAUAUUAUGUUGUGUUUGGGCACAGUAUUAAGGUUCAUAAAGAAGAUAUGUGAAGAUGUAAGUUCAGAAGGCAGUGAUAGUAGUGAUUUGCAUCAUACUUGUCUCCAGUUUAUAGACGCUGUCACUAAGGAGUUACAACCUGCUACAUUGGAAUCCCCUCUGUACAAGGUUUCAUUGGACCUCAAGUACAUUGACAAGGUUCAAUCAGUUAAUAACAUUAGACAUGCAAAAUUUAUGGAUAUCUGCUCUAUCGUUCACAUGAAUAUGGUUUCACCAGUGGUUUAUUUACUUGUAGCCUACCUCUGUGUGGUCUUUCAGUCAACUAUGAAGACAUCCAAAACAGAGUUAAUUUUACAGGGAAUCCACAAGUAUUUCAAAUUUUUAUUCUCUUCAUAUGAUCCCCUGGAAACUCUCCUUGCUACGAUCAGUUUACUAUGUAAUUAUGUCGGUCCCCACUGCUUAAAUAUAUGGAUAGCAAUAGCCAAAGGAUUGAGAGACUGCAUAGAUGAUGUCAAGGAACUUUCAUUAUUGAGAAUGGAGUCCAACAACACUGGUUUUCUUGCCAUAUGCUCUCUCUUAUUGUAUCCAUUUUCAGUAUGCUCUUGCCCCCAGAAAAAUUCAGCCUCACUGGUUAGUGGAUUCUCACAACAGCCUCAUGUUUCACAACAGAGGAAGCUUGACUUUGAACAUGUUUUUGAAGUGUGGAAGACGCUUUAUAGUUCUCUUAAAACUUCUCAGAAUGUGUACUGUUCUGCUACAAACAGUUUCCUUGAGGAUUUGUAUUCAAUGUUAAAUGGGUGCCUUGACGAACAUGCCAGAAUGCUUGAUGGUGCCAAUGAUCUUGAUUUAAGUUAUAAGGAUCUGGAUCUGGAUCUCCUUUCUUUAUAUGGCAAUGUAGUAAUAUGUUUCUUGGAAGAGAACUGUACUUCAGAAGUAGGUUCAGACAAAAGUAGACACAAACAUAUUGGUGACUCUAAAAUAUCCAGUAACAUGAAUGUUAGCUUGAGAUUUGCUUCCAGAUAUUUGAAGGUGUUAUGUACAAAGUUAGCAACAGAGCCCCCAACUGGUCUUCUUGUGACAUCAAGGUUAUUUUCUGCAUUGGCAUGCGUUGUCAGUUGUCUUCACAUGAAGCAAGAUAUCCUCUUGUUCAUUGAGAUAAUAUCUUGUCCACUGCUCCAAUGGGUGUCACAUAUAGAGAUAUGGGAUGAAAGCACCAAAUAUCAUCUUCAACUCUUGUGGACUGAAAUCCUUAAUUGUUUGCGAAGUAGUCAGCCACCUAUAAUCUUUGAUUCUGUACUCCUCAAAUUGCAGGCACCCCUUCUUGAAAAAACUCUUGAACACCCAAAUCCAUCCUUUUCAGAGCCUACCAUCACCUUCUGGAAUUCCACUUAUGGUGAGCAAAUCAAGUUGGAUUACCCUCAAAGCUUGCUUCAUGUCUUAGACAAGCUCUCGAGAAAUGGAAAAAUAAACCUCCGCAAGAGAAGCUUACCAUAUCUUGAAAGAAGUCGCUUUAGACUAGGAGUCAACACUGCUUUACAAAGAUACAGGGUGACUGCAACCCAUAACAUGAGCUCCAAAAGAGUAGAGUUUGUGGAGGAUACAGUGAAUCAACUUCAGCACAAGGAGAAGCUGUCUCCAAGGUUAAAAAGAAAAAGUUUGGAACUAACUGAGCAUCAAAAGGAAGUAAGACGAGCACAGCAAGGAAGGGAGAGGGAUUGUAGUGGACAUGGCCCGGGGAUCCGGACUUACACUAGUGUUGAUUUUUCACAGGGGAAUGAGGAUUCACAAGAAAGCCAGGAAAUCCGGGAUCCAGAGUCCAUUAUGGAGAUGUUAAAAAGAGCUACUUAAUUGUUUUUAUCUGCGUGCCUUGCUUUGAAACAUGGAAUUCUAGAUGGGGCACCCAACUUAACCAGGCAUGCUAGAUGGUCCUGGCCACCCAGUUAUUUCUUUGGUCUUGUAUGUCACCUAUUUUAUCAGCCUUGUUAUAUUGAUGAUGUUGUGAGUUGUAUCAAUUAUUUUAGAAGUCCCCAAAUGGAUGUAUUGUAUAUAAUAUUUAUAUUGAUCUUCUGUACAGAAUGUACAACAGUAUUUCAUUAGCAUUGUGCCAUUGUAUAGCGUGUAUGCUAUUUUGAGUUA